AAGUCAAAGACGAAAAACAACAUCAACAAAACGAGAUGUUUGGAGCUGGAGCCGUAUCAGGAAACGAUGGAAUAUCAAAUGAUAUCAGUAAAUUGCAGAAUCAGUUGACACUUGCCAGAAGAGAAAUACACAAUUUAAGGCAGCAGUUGACUUCUCUCAACCAUUGUCACAAAAAGGAAUGUGAGUUUAUUUAUGAGAAGCUAAAGAAUUGGCAGUGUUCCAGUUGCAAAUCAAAUCAGAGUUCCCAUGAAUCCUCAGAACCCCCAACAACUUCUGUAUCAAACCAUGAUUUUCAAUCAAAAUAUAUUGGAACAGUCAACACAAACUUUCCUGAAAAGAGGGGUACACCAAGGCAGCCUGGUAUAUGUGGAAACAUGAAUGCCAAACUAACAUUAGACAGUAAGGUAUUCACAAAUCCAGGACAUUCAUUGGAAGGUUUGCAAGAAUUUUCACAUAUGUGGAUCCUGUUUCAUUUCCACAAAAAUGAUAUUACCCAUGUUAGAGCAAAAGUAGCCCCACCAAGACUGAAUGGGAUCAGAACUGGAGUAUUUGCAACUAGAUCUCCACAUAGACCAUGCCCUAUAGGGUUGUCAUUAGUAAAAAUUGAUAGGAUCAUGGAUAGCACUAUAUAUUUCAGUGGUGUAGAUAUGGUUGAUAAAACCCCUGUUCUUGACAUCAAGCCAUACAUACCUCAAUAUGACAAUCCAGUUUGUUUUAAUAUGACCACUGCUGCUGAUAAUGAUGAUCUGUCUGAUUCCUUCUCAGAAUCCCUCAAUACUUCUAGAAACAUUAACAUAACUGCAGGUGAAGCUACUGCUUCUGAUUCUACAGCUAACAAUACCAGUAGAAUAUUAGAUGGAGAAGAGAUCCAACAUAGAGAUCAAGUUGUUGGUGCAUCUGUUAGUGAUCAUGAAAAUUCUAGAAUGGAAGAGUCAUUUUAUAUGAGGUCUAGUUCAAGAAUAGGAGAAAGAGAAGCUCCUGAUGGUGAAGAAGAGGAAUCACUACAAAAUCCACAAGCAUCUCUUCCAGCUGCCCCAACUCCUGAAAUACAAGUCAGAGUGCCUCCUUGGAUUGAUCAACCUGUAGUGCCCAGGUUGACAGUCUUGUUCAGAGAUAGGGCACUCAUGCAACUGAAUCAGCUAGGUCCUGAGGGUGAAGAGAAAAAAUCCGCCAUAACAAAUGUACUUAGAGAAGAUCCAAGAUCUGUGUAUUUGAGAGAACGUUGGGGUAGUCACUGCUACGUGUUCAGGAUAGCCGAGUUGUACGUUUCCUGCAAAUUCAAUGACAGUGAACAGUCUGUCAGCGUCUUUCAAGUAUUCCAGAAUGAAGCUCCACCUGAAGGUGAAGAAUAAAUUGAUCUCAUCUGACCAAUAAUAUGGCCAUUAUUGGUACUAAUUCGUAUAAGGUAAAUCCGUACAAGAUAUGGAAAACAUGUUCCUAGAUAAGAGUGAAGUAAUUUGAAACAUUUUUGUAUUUUUAUUUAUUUAUGUAUUUUUUAAAUUUCGGGUUACGUUUACUGUGGGUAAACAAUGCAAUACUUCAUUAAUAAUUAUUUGUGUUAUGUCUUUAUGGGUAUAAUAAAAUUGUAUACAUGGAUUCAUAGUAUCAUGGAACUAUUUCAUUCCAUGCAAACAAAUGGUUGGUGUACAGUGUGAGCAAAACUCGGAUGUCUCAGCUCUGAGGAAAAAUGAAAAAAUCUUGAAAAUUAAUAGCACAUUUCAAACCAGAUUGGCAUAUUUCAACAUAUUUGGAAACUGAAGUAAUGACGGUAUCGAUUUUUUUUUCCUAGAAACACCUAUACAGGGUGAUUCAAAAUUCGAUGCAAAUAUUUUGAGGAUGUAUUGUUGGGAUCAAAAUGAGACUUUUUCUCCAUAAAAAUAUGUGUCCUAAAAUGCACCCCAUCUGGGCCAAUAAAAGUGUGAACCCUCUCCAAUUCCCCCAAAUCUGGGAUCUGGAUCUAGGACACUUGUAUAUAUAAAUAAAAGGUCUUAUACAAUAUUCCCUUAAAAUAUUAACAUCGAAUUUUGAAUCACCCUGUAUUAUGGCAUAUUUGUAGGAGCCCACUUUAUUGUGAGAAAACAUUCUUCUUCUGGUGAACAAUUUUGUUGAAAAAGUUAUCAACAAAAAUUCGCUAUAGGUACUCAUGAUUUGACUUCAGAUUGUUUCAAUAAUUUUUCCUUUUCUUAUAAUAGAUCUCAGACAUCCUGUUUUCAUGUUUUUAGACAAUUUUCAAUCAAACUUCAAGUCCUUGGCAAAAAUAUAGUUCCGGAAAAAAACAUUUAUCUACUAGUGAAAUGCAACAUUCUUCCCGCAAAUGUUGUAAUUGUAACACUGAAUGAAACACAUUUUUAAGGUAAUAUGAUGUAUUUACAAUAAAUAUGAGUCCUAUAUACAUGCAUUCCAAUUGGUUAAAAAACAAAUUAAAUACUAAUACAUACUUGGAAGGUCACAAUAAUUGGGCGUCUUUGAAAUUCCAUUAAUAAAAUUGCCCAAUUGCACAUAAAAUGGAAUGUUAUAGAUAUAAAAGGGUAAAUUUGAAAUUUAAUAACUAUGAGGACGAAACUUUGAAAAAACAUUCAUCAAAGCUAACAAACAGAUAAACAAAAUAUUUGGAAAACUUCAUAACAAAUCAAGUUUUCCAUGAAAUCAUAAUAUAUUUAUUUACAAUAGAAUGAAUAAAUAGAAUUUAUAAUUUUCAUCAAAACAUAACCUAUUUCACUCUCCAUUCAAGAAGGUACUCUUUCAAGAUGUCUGGAGAAUUUCAAGGCAAGAUCACAUCCCUCCCAAAAGACAUGUAAAUUUAGGAAAAUUGAGUAUCAGUCAACAAAUAUUUAUUGCCA